AUGUCAGAGCCAAGUAACCCCGGUGCCGAUAUCACCAUGGAGACGAAUCCCGAGCCGAUCGCCAUUAUCGGCAUGAGCUGUCGGUUCCCGGGAGAUGCAGAUACACCUCAAGGCUUCUGGGACCUUUUGUCUCGUGGUGAAUCAGCAUGGGGAGAGAUGCCUGAGAACAGAAACUUGAAACUCGAUGCUUAUUACCAUCCUUCUUCUGAGCGUGGAGGCGCCAUUGUUACCACAACCGGGUUCUUCAUGAGAGAGGAUGUGUCUAAAUAUGAUGCUUCGUUCUUCUCCAUGACAUCAGCCGAAGCUGCUGGUACCGAUCCCCAACAGCGAGCCAUUCUUGAAGUAACGUACGAGGCAUUGGAGAACGCUGGAAUAUCUCUCAAAGAUAUUGCUGGCACUGCCACAUCCUGCCAUGUCGGGGCAUUCAAUAAUGACUAUCAAACCACGUCAACCGCCCAUAUAUACGAUACCUCCCUGUACCAGGCAACCGGGAAUGGAAUGUCCAUGUUGUCAAAUCGGCUUUCGUGGUUCUACGAUCUUCGCGGACCUAGUAUGAGUAUUGAUACUGCUUGCUCAUCUAGUUUAGUCGCCCUUCAUCUUGCUGUGCAAGGGCUACGUAGCAGGGAGGUCAAGACUGCUAUUGUUGGAGGCACCAACAUCAUCCUUCAACCGGAGCUCUCUAGAGGUCUAACUGCACUACAUUUCAUCAGCCCUGACGGAAAGUGCCAUAGUUUCGACGAAUCGGCCAACGGUUACGGUCGUGGGGAAGGAACAGGUAUUCUGAUUCUGAAACCAUUGUGUGAUGCUCUGAGAGACAACGACACAAUCAGAGCCGUUAUUCGAGGCUCUGGCCUGAAUCAGGAUGGAAAGACCCCGGGUAUCACGAUGCCUAGCAGUGAAGCCCAGGCAGAACUCAUCCGAUCUACCUACGACGCUGCUGGGUUGGAUUUUGAUCGCACAGCAUAUUUCGAGGCACACGGAACCGGCACUGCAGUCGGUGAUCCUAUUGAGCUUUCUUCAAUUGGGGCAUCUCUUGGCGCCAAUCGUGACCCCGAGAACCCCCUGUUUGUCGGUUCCGUCAAAACCAAUCUUGGCCAUUUGGAAGCCAGUGCCGGUAUUGCGGGUGUGAUCAAGACAGUUCUCGCCCUGGAGAAUGGAAAGAUUCCCAAAGUUGUCGGUCUCGAAAACCUCAACCCCAAUUUGCAAUUGGAUGAUUGGCAUUUGAAGCUGAAUAGGGACCUCGUUGAAUGGCCAAUGGCUGGUCUUCGGAGAGCAAGUGUCAAUUCCUUUGGCUAUGGUGGUGCAAAUGCCCAUGUAAUUUUGGAUGAUGCUUUGCAUUACCUCCAGGAGCACAAUCUUCAAGGGAACCAUGUCACGCUUGGAGAACCUUCCGAUAUAGCAGAUUCCUCUUCGGACUCUGGAAUAUCGAUUGGCACUCCAACUUCGGGCCGAAGUACGUUUGGAUUCAAGCCUUCAGCUUGCACCCCUAAGCUCUUUGCUCUAUCCUCACCAGAACAAUCUGGUGUGGACAGACUGAUUGAAACUUAUUCGAAGCACAUUGAAGAGUGGUCUUCACGACAAGAGAAGUCUGAGGAUGAUAAGGAAUCAUUGGCUACUCAAAUGGCAGAGUAUGUUGAGAACUUCGCAUACACUCUCGCAGAGCGCCGUACGGCCUUUGACUGGCGUCGCUUUGCUGUCGCAGAUUCCAUGACAGAACUCUUAGGCGCAGUAAAACGUGGCCUUCCAAAGCUUCGUAGAGCCGCCCGAGCUCCAGCCUGUGCAUACGUGUUUACUGGCCAAGGUUCCCAAUACUAUAACAUGGGACGUGAGCUACAGGUGCAUGCUAUUUUCCGAGAGAGCGUUAAUGCGGCCGAUCAAUACCUCACAUCUCUAGGUAGCGAUUGGUCCGUUCUCGAGGAGCUUAACAAGCCGGAAGAGACAAGCAAGAUGAACAAUGCUGAGAUCAGUCAGCCAAUGUGCACUGUCUUGCAAGUCGCAAUUGUCGAUCUUCUUAAGCACUGGGGAAUAACUCCCAAAGCCGUUGUAGGCCAUUCCUCUGGAGAGAUUGCUGCCGCCUACGCAAGUGGUGCAUUGUCGCAAGAAGAUUCAUGGAAAGUUGCGUACUUCCGUGGUCUCUUCUCUGGGCGACUUCCCUCUGCUCAUCCGGAGCUUGACGGUAUGAUGAUGGCUGUUGCGUUAUCCGAAUCUGCCGCGCAGGAUUACGUCGAUAAACUCACGACUGGAAAGGCAGUCGUUGCAUGCAUCAACAGUCCUUCAAGUGUUACCAUCUCUGGAGAUGUAACAGCAAUUGAUGAGAUAGAAGCACUAUUCAAAACAGACGACGUCUGGUGCAGGAAGCUUAAGGUUAAGACUGCAUAUCAUUCACACCACAUGAACCACAUUGCAGAAGAGUAUCUGGAGUCUAUCAAGGAUAUUACCACCCAUGAGACCGAUGGCUCUGUCACAAUGUUCUCAUCAGUAACGAAGGAGAAAAUAACGUCGAACGACCUAGGUGCUUCAUAUUGGGUUCAGAAUAUGUUGCAGCCCGUCAAAUUUUCCACCGCCGUCGCCGCCCUUCUUGCACCAACAGAUGCUAGAAGUAAGCGACAGAAGAAACCAAAUGUCCAGACUUUGGUCGAAAUUGGUCCUCAUGCUGCCCUUAAGGGGCCGCUCAACCAGAUUCUUACAGCCAUUAGCGAAGACUACAGGAAGGCGGUGGUGUGCCUCUCUGUCCUCAACCGAGGCAACGAUGCAUUCCAGAACGCCAUCGAGACAGUGGGCCAGCUCUGGGGUCACGGCCAUGAUGUCAAUCUAGAUCUGGUUAAUACUGUCGAGAAGACUCCUAAACGCCACAAGGUCUUAACUGAUCUUCCACCAUACCCCUGGAACCAUGAGAGGUCCCACUGGCAUGAAUCUCGCCAAAACGCUUUCCGACGAUUCCCUCCUGGUCCUCGAACUGAUUUACUGGGUUCACCUAUGGAUGGAUUUACCCCAUUAGCUUCCGAGCCACGUUGGACGAACAUUCUCAAGCCCACUGAAAUACCGUGGAUUAUGGACCAUGUCAUUGGCGGGCAAGUUGUUCUUCCUGGAUCUGCAAUGAUAGCUAUGGCUAUCGAGGCUUGCCAACAGAUCCUCGACCCCAACAAAACCGUGGAAGGAUAUGAAUUCAGAGAGCUGAACUUCACACGUGCCUUGAUGUUCCAAACACCAGACCAGGCUACGGAGACCGUCAUGCAAUUCCGACCCCAUUACCUUGGUACCAAGACUGGAACAUAUGUUUGGCGUCGGUUUAGUUUGGUUUCCAUUGCUCGAGACAACACUACCACGGAGCACUGCAAUGGCCUUGUUCAAAUACGCUAUGUGACAAAGAGUGGAGAAGUUGAGAAAGGUAUCGAGAGCGUCGCAUCCACGCAAAAGUAUAAGGAUACUUAUGCCGAAGUCAAGUCCGAAAUCGUAGAUGAUAUCGACAUUGGCGUCCUCUACCAGGAUAUUAAUAGAGAUGGCAUGCAAUUUGGCCCCCUGUUUAGGCUGCUGUCUGAAAUGAGCGGCGGGGUGGACGUUGGAUGUGCUACAUUGACGGUCCCAGACACCGCUGCCGUGAUGCCCGAAAACUUCGAAUAUCCUCUAUUGAUCCAUCCAACGGUCCUUGACGGCGUCUUCCAGAUUCUGUUCUCUCGGUCUCUCUGUAGUGACACUAGCACAGGAGUUAUGUCUGUCAUUGCGGCAAUUGGGUCUCUUUACGUAUCAGCAGAUUUGCCAAACACUCCCGGGGCGGCUCUCAGGGGUUACCAGAAGUCGCAUAAGGCAGGUCCUCGUCAAGUUAUCGGAAACAUUGUGUUCUCUGAUUCAGAAUUCUCAAAACCUUACAUCAUUGUCGACGACGUUGUUAGCACCAGUCUGGAUUCCGAGGACUCGCAAAACUCCAUUGACAACUCAACAAUGCUUUGUACCCAUACUGAGUGGAAGGAGGAUGUAGCCUUGUUAGACCAGCAAACGAGUGCUGUGUUGCUCUCCAAAAACUCGCCAAUCGAUGAAAGUCAGAAGAAUGAUGAACUUUUGGACCAAGCUGUUGCCAUCUACAUUAAACGAGCCGUCGACUCACUGGAUUCGCAAACGUCUUUAGAUGAGCCGGCUCAAUUACGUGCACAAUGGCUACGCAACCUUCUUAAGGUCGAUUCCGCCACUACAGCAGCUUCUCAAGAUGCGGACGACCUGGUACUCCAGGCUGCCUCAGAGGUCCCUGCAAUUGGAAAGACAUUGCAAACUAUUGGCUCCAAGUUACCUGAGAUAAUCGAAGGUUCAGUAGAUGCUGGGCAAGUUAUCCAAGACCUAGAUGAUCAAGAUGCGUUGCAACUCACAGACAACGUCCUGGCCAUGGACGAGUUCAAUGCUAUGGUCUCGAGUUGGUUUGAGUUAGCAGGUUUCAAGGAUGCUAACCUCCGAAUAUUUGAAUUCCCAAACAGAUCUACAAGCACGGCAAUCUCUGUUCUUCAGACAUUAUCGAGCCAAGAUGGUGCUGGAGAUCGCUUUGAAAAAUAUACACUUGCACAAUCGGACUCUUCGGACCUUGAUAAGACAAAGACGUUGCUCAAGAAAUUCUCGAAUGUCGACGUUUGCGCCUUCGAUCUCGAGCAGGGCUCCACAAAGAAAAGCUCAGAUAAAUACGAUAUCGUCCUGAUCCCUGAUAUCCUUUACCUAGCCGCAGGGGUUGACGUUACACUCAAGCAUGCGAAAGCUCUCCUCAAUCCCGGUGGAAAAUUGGUGAUUGGUGCAGUGCCAAAGUUCACCAGUACCGCAGAACUUCUGCUUGGUAUCACAGAAGAAUGGUGGAAUGCAAAGGCUGACAGCCCGAAACAACAGAGCAACUUCGAACUCGAGGAGUGGACCCGCGUUCUCUCAGAGAAUGGAUUUUCCUCGCCCUUCCUGGCAAAACCUGCUCCUGAUGCAGCAAGCCAGGCAUCUUUGUUGAUCUCGAGCUUAGAGAAGCCUCUUGAAAAGCUUAGCAAUGAGGUUGUGAUCCUCGUGAACGAGACUACCACACCCCUCGUCGAGACUUUAGCCGCCAACAUCGAAAAGUCGCUCGCUUCAAAUGCUUUCGAUGUCAAGCGAGCCUCAUUGGCAUCUGUCACGGAUUCAUCGGAGAAGCUAUUCAUCUCGUUGAUUGAGUUAGAUGAUGCUUUGCUCCAAGCACCCUCAGCAGAAAACUAUGAGAGUGUCAAGAAUAUCCUCCUCAAGAGCUCUGGCGUUCUUUGGGUGAAUCGGGGUGGUAUCGAGCCGGGAAGUACGAUUCCUAACCAAUCAGCAGCACUAGGCCUCUUCCGAGUUCUCCGAUCUGAACUGCCACACUUGUGCCUCUUCAACCUCAAUCUAUCUGAGUCCCUAGAUCUUGAGUCGGAGAAAGCGAGCUCUCUUCUCAGGGCUGUUUUCGAUACGUCUUUCGGUAGCGAUCCUGAUAAUGAUGUUGUUGACCAUGAGUAUGCGGAGUCAAACGGUGCCCUCUACAUCCCACGACUAGUGCAACACCAAGAGAUGAAUUCAUCUCUCGCUGAACGGAACAACGCUCCAGUACCCACAAUGCAGCCGCUCCGCCAGCCCGGUCGACCUCUGAAAAUGCAGCUUGGUGAAGUUGGUUUGCUUGACACUUUCAGGUUUGUGGACCGUGUAGAGUACGAAUUGCCACUCCGUGAUGAUCGUGUCGAUAUCGAGAUUCUCGCCACAGGCUUGAACUUCGUGGACGUGAUGGCAGCACUCGGGUAUGUACCGAGCACUGCUCUUGGUGCUGAAUUUGCAGGUAGAAUCUCUGCUAUGGGAAGCGAUGUUCCUAAGAACAAGUUCCAUGUUGGUCAAGUUGUUGUUGGCUCAACUGAAGAUUGUUUUGCUACCAACGUGCGAGUCCAGUGGAAGACCAUUCAACCCGUUCCAGAGGGGAUGUCUCCCGCAGCCGCGGCUACUUGCGUUAUUGCUUAUACAACAGCAUAUUUCGCCUUGUAUGAUAACGGCAGAUUAAAGAAAGGAGACACGAUCCUUAUUCACUCUGCAGCGGGUGGUUUAGGCCAAGCAGCCGUGCAGCUUGCGCAACACGUUGGAGCUAUUGUCUACGCCACAGUUGGCUCUACAUACAAGAAAGAAUUACUGAUGGAACGGUACGGAAUUCCAGAAUCCCACAUCUUUACUUCCCGAGACACAACCUUUGCCCAAGGAGUGAUGAGAGAAACCAAGGGAAGAGGAGUGGAUGUUGUCCUGAACUCGACCUACGGCGAGAUGUUGCGACAAAGCUGGAACUGCCUUGCCGACUUUGGUAUCUUUGUCGAGGUUGGCAAGCGAGAUAUUUUGUCCAACAACAUGCUCGAAAUGGCGCCAUUUAUUCGGGGUUGCACAUUUUCCGCGUUCAAUCUUGCCCAGUACACUGAGGAUGCUGAGCCCCAUCGACUUGACGCAUGCGCCGAGGUGGUGGAGAAGAUUUUCAAGCUUCUUGGUGAUGGUCAUGUGAAGCCACCUUUCCCACUUACUGUCAUGAAGAUCUCCGAGGCUGAGGACGCUUUCCGUGGAUUGCAGUCAGGCAAAUUCGCUGGAAAGAUUGUUCUUACAUACGAGCACGACGAGUUGGUCCCUGUCAUGCCAAAGAAGGAGUUGCCUCUCCAACUCGAUUCCGAGAGUACAUUCUUACUUGCGGGUGGUCUCGGCGGAAUUGGUAAGAGUUUGGCAGAGCUACUGAUUACGCACGGGGCAAAACACAUUGCAUUCAUCUCAAGGUCGGGUGAUGCAAGUGACGAGAGCAAGGCCUAUCUCGCCAAACUUCGCAGUAAGGAUGUCCAAGCCGUUGCCUACGCUUGUGAUAUUACCGACGGAGAAGCCCUAAAAGCAAGUCUUCAUCAAUUAUCCACGGAGAUGCCGAAGAUUAAGGGAUUCGUACACUGUGCUAUGUUGUUGAAGGACACUGUAUUCGAAAACAUGUCUCACGACGAUUGGAUCGCAGCCGCCGGUCCAAAGAUCCAAGGAAGUUGGAACAUGCACGAGCUUCUCCCCCAGGAUCUGGACUUCUUCAUCAUGCUCUCCUCUACUUCUGGUAUCAUUGGAAACCCCGGCCAAGCUAAUUAUGCAGCUGGAAACACAUUCCAGAACGCACUCUCCCAUUACCGCCAGAACAAGGGUAUGAAAGCCACUUCGAUUGAUCUUAGUGCCGUCACUGGUAUCGGAUACCUGGCUGAGAAUGCCGACAACUAUGAGAUGCGAAAUCCUAUGAUGAAGAUGCAGAUCACUGAAGAUGAGAUCCGCCACAUUUUCCUCGCAGCUGUGGCUGGGAAGACCCGGGGCGAGACACCAAUGCUUGCACAACUAACCACCGGAAUCAUUGGAGGCGAGGUGCUGAGAUCCAUGAUGAUCUCCAUGCCCUGGGCUCGUGAUAGCAAGUUCAUGUUGCUUCGAAAAGCUGAUGGACAGUCCGGCGCUACGACCGGAACGGAAGACCCUACACGCGAAGCCUUUGUGAGUGCAGACUCGUUGGCGGAGGCUGCUGGUGUUGUGGAGAUGGCCUUAGUGGCUCGACUUGCCAAAGCAUUAUUCAUAUCUCCUGAGGAUAUCAAUAUCGAACAGCCCCUUCACGCUUAUGGAGUGGACUCUCUCAUCGCUGUCGAAGUCCGUAACUGGGUCAUGAAGGAACUUAAAUCGGAUAUUUCAAUUCUGGACAUCCUCUCCCCCGUCCCGAUUCACGGCCUCGCGAUGAAGAUUAGCGAAGGCAGCAAGAUUUUGCCUCCGAAGUUGAGGGCUGAAGUGCCAGACAAAAAGCCAGAGCAAGACACCGCAGCGGCGGAUGAAGAGGGGAAAGUCGCAGCCGCAGCCGAUGCUGAGACUGCCAGUGACAACCCUGCCAAGGUCCAAGUCGUCUCUACGACUACAACCACCGUAGAAACCACAGUGGAGAUCGCUAUUCGACCUGCUGCAAAUGUUGAGGGGGUUUUGAAAUCUGAGGGUGAGGGCGCAGUUGGUGGUACUACUAUUUCUGUUACGGAGGUUGCUUAA